GUCUUCAUCGAUGGCAUGUAAUAAACUCCCGCCAAACACGCACAUUCCUCCAUCCCACGUCUUUUCCCUUAACAAAACAACCUUUUACAACCAUGCAAACAAACCAAUGUAACAUGCGCUAACUCCACCGGUUUUAUCAACCACCACCACCACCCCCACAUCGCCGCCCGUUGGUUGAAGAAGAUAAAGAAACAACAAGGAUCUCAUCAGGGUUUUGCUUUGUCUGUUCUGGUGAUUCUUGAAUAAAUAUUGUGUUUGGUUUCAAGAUUUUUGAAUUUUUGGGAAAAAAAAGGGUGGUGAGAAAGGAUGAAUCUUUUGUGGAAAGAUCCUGGGAUUCCUACCGAUUCGUUCUAUGAGGUUAGAGCUGAAUGCACCGAUGUUCCGAAAACCAAGUUUAAGAUCAAGUCUGGCAAGACCCUUAGUGUAAGGAAGUGGAAAUCUGCAUUCAGUCCUGAAGGCCAUCUUGAUAUAGGUCAGACCCUUGGUCGAAUUUAUCGUGGGGGGAUACAUCCAACAAUUAGAGGAGAGGUAUGGGAAUUUCUACUCGGUUGUUUUGAUCCAAAAAGCACAUAUGAGGAAAGAAACGAGAUUAGACUAACCCGAAGAGAAGAGUACGUACGGCUAAAAGAACUAUGCACAUAUAUGUUCCCUCUUGUUGGAAGUGGCAAGCUUAUCACUGCUCCAGUCAUAACAGAAGACGGUUCUCCAACCCAAGAUCCUGUUGCCCUUCUACAAGCAAACCCCGAAACGCUUAUGACACCAACAACUCAAGCAACAAUUGGUUCAGAUUCAGCUACGUCUUGUCCUAAGGAGGAAGACAAGAAGAUAAUCCAAUGGAAACUUAACCUACAUCAAAUAGGUCUUGAUGUGGUUCGCACGGACAGGACACUCGUAUUUUAUGAAAAACAGGAGAAUUUAUCUAAACUUUGGGAUGUUCUUUCUGUCUAUGCUUGGUUUGAUAAAGAAGUCGGCUAUGGUCAAGGGAUGAGUGAUCUUUGUUCUCCCAUGAUUAUGCUUCUUGAAGAUGAAGCAGACGCGUUUUGGUGCUUUGAACGUCUAAUGCGCAGAUUGCGAGGGAACUUCAAAUGCGUAGGAAGUUCUGUGGGGGUGGAGUCACAGCUUUGCAAUUUAGCAAAUGUUAUUCAAGUUGUUGACCCGAAACUUCAUAAGCAUUUGGACUACAUAGGUGGUGGUGAUUAUCUAUUUGCAUUCCGGAUGCUUAUGGUGUUAUUCAAACGAGAAGUUUCUUUUGGUGAUUCGUUGUACUUAUGGGAGAUGAUGUGGGCUUUGGAGUAUGAUCCAGAUCUAUACACUUUGUAUGAGGAAUCUGAUUCCGACAAGCCCGAAGAUGCUAAAGGAAAACCAAAAUCAUCGCGCCAAUGUGGAAAAUAUGAAAGAGAAUACUUGAGAAGUGGGGCCAAAAAUGGAGAGCCGCUCCCCAUUUCUGUGUUUCUUGUCGCGAGCGUGCUCAAGGAGAAAAGUGUCAAAUUGCUCACCGAAGCCAAGGGACUCGACGAUGUUGUCAAGAUAUUGAAUGACACUUCGGGUAAUCUGGAUGCUAGAAAAUCUUGCUCGGGUGCUAUGAAACUUCACAAAAAGUAUCUGAAAAAGGUGAAGAUGGAGAAGCCAGCUUCAUGAAUGAGGCUUUGAAAGAUCAACAAAAAGAAGACCAAUGUCGUAUUAUGUAUGAGUGUAUAAUUCUUUUAGUAGACAAUGUGCAUAAACCAUUAACAUAUAUACGUGAUUCUUUUUCUUUCUUGAGCUUCAA